AUGCGGAUACAGAUUCAUACCCGGGCCCAAAUGAAACAUCCGAGACAGUGGAGGCGCAGCACCUCAACGCAGAAUCCCGAUCGAGCUUAUGCUUCUCGUGAUCGUGGUCGCCUUUAUAGAUCGUUAUCGACGAUUAGGACCUUCACAGAUCCAUAUCCAUAUCUUAUUGAGCGGGAUCCUGAUCCAGAUCUAUAUCCAGGGAUCAAAAUCCAGUCGAUGAAGUGGAACCUGACGAUCCCAAUCUGGCUUUCCCCUUUACAACAUAGGGCACCCCGCCCAGCGUCCCUACCUGUUCCAACAAGUGAUCCAGAUUUUGACGUCUUCCUAGAAGUGAUGCUUCGAGAUUUUUCACAUGCCUAUGGUCCUACCGGGUGUUCUAUAGUUAGUCCCAUAUCCCUAAGGUGCAGGAGAAGCAAAGGCAUAACUGUAAUACUCCAUAAGUAUACUCAUUUGCGGAUAGAGACCCUGUUCCAGAUGAUCGGAACCCAGCACCUUAAAUACUUUACGUUGCCUUUACCAUCGAAGAGCAGGAUCCAUACUCAUCGAUGGUAA